AUGCUCUGCCCCGAGCAUCGACGAAAGAGUGCAAAGGAUUCUAUCACAGACCCCAUUGAUUGGUAUGGAAAUCGUGGAGAAACCAGCAAUGAUAUCUCACUAACCUGCAUAGAUGGCCAUGAUGAUUUCCCUAUCUUUGUUCGAGAGAUCUACCAAAACCACAUCAAUAACGAUGAGUUCAAAGAGGCAUUUGUUCACGGUGGCCUGCGCGGCCAUGUGGACAUUCCACGCUUGAAAGAAGGCAGAGUGGGCGGCAGCUUCUGGAGUGUCUUCGUCCCGUGCCCGAAGGAUGGAUCGAACUUCUCGGACGAGAACUACGCUGCAAGUGUUCGGGAGACUAUGGAGCAAGUGGAUGUGAUGUCGCGCGUGCAAAAGGCCUACUCCGAUAUCUUUUCCACCCCACCGAACGGCACCACAGCGAUGUCUGCGUUCCGUGACGGCAAGAUCAUAUCUCCACUCGGGAUCGAGGGACUCCACUCGAUCGGCAACUCUCUAGCCCACCUCCGCAUCUUCUACGAGCUGGGGGUUUCAUACGCGACGUUGACACAUAACUGCCAUAACCGGUAUGCCGAUGCGGCCGUCCUUGAAAUUCCCGGCGGUGUCAAAAAGGCUGAGCCACUUUGGCACGGCGUGAGCGAGGAAGGCGAAAAGCUUGUAUAUGAGAUGAACCGACUCGGGAUGAUUGUUGAUCUGGCUCAUGUGAGCGCCGACACCAUGCGGGAUGUUUUGGGCGCCGGCAAGUCCACCUGGAAUGGGAGCCGAGCCCCGGUUAUCUAUAGCCACAGUUCUGCAUACGCAAUCUGCCCACACCCGCGCAAUGUCCCCGAUGAUAUUCUGCAGUUGGUUCGCGAGAAGCAUUCCCUGGUCAUGGUCAACUUCUCACCGGACUUCAUAUCAUGCACGGCAUUGGACAAUGAGAAUGGAAUCCCCAUUGUUGACCCUACUCAUGCCACUCUAGCACAGGUUGCUGAUCACAUCAUGCACAUUGGAAAUCUUAUUGGCUUUGAGCAUGUUGGUAUCGGUAGCGAUUUUGACGGUAUCCCAACUGUUCCGCAGGGAUUGGAGGAUGUGUCUCGCUUCCCUGCUUUGAUUGCAGAGCUUCUCAAGCGGGGGCUUACCGACACAGAUGCAAGCAAGGUGGCAGGUGGUAAUUUGAUCAGAGUGUGGAAGGCUGUUGAUGAGGUCGCGCUUGAGAUGCAAGCUGAGGGUGCGCUGCCUGCGGAGGAUUGA